AUGGGUAAAAGCCGUAAUAAAUUUAAAAAAAAUGUUCAUAAUAAUGUUGACAAUAAACAAUUAAAUACCAAGCCAUCAUUAAAAUGGCGUCUAAUUAAUAAAGAAGCUAAUUUCUUUGACAAAGCUUUUGAAGAAAACCUAAUGAAUUUUCAAAAAAUGACCUUGAGUAAUGAUGAUGACUUGUCAUUGACAGGAGAUACUAUAGAAGAUAAAAUUACACGAUCUUUUAAAAAGAUAAAAAAAAAACGAAGAAAAAAAAAGUUAAAAAGUCAAAUGAGAAAGAGGAACUUUCAUAAACAAAAAAGAAAAAAAUUUAAACGAUAG